UCAUGCUUGUCUUUUUGCCCUAGUACAAGAUGGACUCAUCAAUGUCGAAUCGUUUUUCUCGAACAUUAUGUAAUUAUAGCAAUCAAAAGUGAGAGAGAAAAUUUCUCCAUUGGUUUGGUUUAGCCCUCAAAAAGUUAAGAGCUUCCAUGAAGAUAAUUGAGGUGUGUAAGGUAAGUCCUUCACUAGAAGAAUCAACAACUGCUCCCAAGUCUCUUCCUCUCACUUUCUUUGACAUCUUAUGGAUUAGAUUCCCUCCAACACAAUGUCUUUUCUUCUACAAAUUAUCGUCCACCGGGAUCUCGUUUGUCGACGCCGUUCUUCCAAAUCUUAAAUCUUCUCUCGCUCUCGCUCUUCGCUACUAUCUUCCUCUUGCUGGCAACCUCGUUUGGCCCCAACAUUAUGCGAUACCGACCAUCGAGUUUGUUGACGGCGACGGUGUGUUGCUCACCGUGGCUGAGGCCGAGAUUGACGCUGAUUUCGAACGUCUUUCGGGACACGGGUUUCGUGAAGUUGAAGAAUAUCAUCCUCUUGUCCCAAAGUUGGAUGUGUCCCAUGAUCAUGCUGCAGGGAUUGCUCUCCAAGUCACUGUGUUUGGAAAUAAAGGGUUUUCGAUUGGCAUAUCAAACCACCAUGCGGUUCUAGAUGGAAAAACUUCAACUUCAUUUCUCAAGUUAUGGGCUCGUCUUUGCCAUCUUCAUGUCAAUGGAGGAUCCCCCAUUCCGCCAAUCGACUUCAUGCCGUUCUACGAUAGGUCGCUUAUCGACGAUUCAAGAGGUCUCGCCGGGAAUUUUUCAAACGCAUGGCUAAAUGACGAAGGACCCAACAAUAGAAGCUUGAAGCUUAAGUUACCCAAAACUACUCCACCACCUGGUUUAAUUCGAUACACACUCGAAUUUUCGCAUCAAAACUUACAAAAGGUAAGGCAAUGGGUUAUGAAGAAGAGGCAAAAGGAAAAUGAAAAUUCCCACAUAUCUUCCUUUGCGUUGGCAUAUGCUUAUCUUUGUGUAUGCACAGCCAAGUUAGACGGUUUAAGAGAUGGAAAAUUAGCCUUUGGAUUUGGUGCUGAUGCUAGAUCUCGUUUAAAACCUUCAUUGCCUUCUAAUUAUUUUGGUAAUUGUUUGUCUGGUCGUGCUUGUGCUAUUGAAAGAAAGGACCUCUUGAGUGAAAAAGGAAUACUUUUGGCUAUUCAGGCCAUUUCAGAGGCUGUUAAAAGUUUGGGAGAAGAAACUUUAGAUGGGAUAGAACAUUUUUGCCCCUUCUUGAUUGCUUCAUUCAAUGAUGAUUCUCCUGAAAAAGUUCUUUCGAUUUCUGGGUCGCCGAAGUUUGAAGUUUAUAGUGCAGAUUUUGGUUGGGGAAAGCCAAAGAAAAUGGAAUGGGUUUCUGUUGAAUCAUCAACAGAAAUUUCUUUAACAGAUAGGGGAAAUGGUGAUGGUGGGAUAGAGAUUGGAUUGGUAAAGGAGAAACAUGAAAUGGAACGUUUGGUUGAUCUGUUUGUUAAAGGUCUUCGAUCGGAUUUCGAAUCACCUGACUCGGAGACUUAAUCUCAUGCAUCUCCUUUUUAUUACCUAGUAAAAGAAAUAAAUAAAAAUUUGUCACGUGGCAGAUUUUUAUUGAAUGUUGUUUGAGGACUACAAAAAGAUAAACUUCACCCAAGUUUUUUUAAGAAUUUUAUAUUUCCAAUUAUUAUAAAGAAAAUAUUUAGGUGACAACAUUUAUCUUUGUGCAUUCCACAAAAUAUUGGUGAAUUCUUCUUAUUGCUUUGUAAUCAUAGUGGGAUGCAUAAAGAAUGAAGUAUAUCUUAUAGCCCAAGUAUUGUUCUUAUUAUAA